CAUUUUGUUUUGUGCAACUCUUUUUGUUUUCCUCCUUGAUACCGCUUUCCUUUUUCUACAGUUUUUGCAGUUCAUUCCCCUCCUUGAUCUCAAAGCCUCGAACUCCCAGUCUCACUCUUCACUGUGGUCACUUUCUCUCUUCUAACCUCAACAAUGGCAGGAAAAUACCUGCACUCUUCUUCAUCUUCACGGGAGAGAUCACUUUACACUUCCCCAGUUAUCAUCAUCUUCAUUCUCUCACUAAUCACUUUUUUGUUCAUCAUCUUUUUUUUCUCUUCUUCUUCUUUACCUUCUUUUCUUACUCCCAAUACUUCCUUAUCAAUUCCAAAUCCUAACCCUAAUUUCGAGUUUUCGUUUGUUGCAUCUCUAGAGGAUUUCCUCAUCAACAAGCUCCCUAAAAUUCAUUCCAAAGAUGAUACUGUGUAUGGCACCGACGGUGAAGCAAUCAGAAAGCUGGAUGAUUCAAUUUGGGAAAAAGAGGAUGAGCGAGUUUAUGAGGAGGAUUCAUUUUAUCCUGCUGUUUCGUUGCCGAUUAGGGUUUAUGUGUAUGAAAUGCCGUCGAAAUUCACUUUUGAUUUGUUGUGGUUGUUUCGUAAUACUUAUAAGGAUACCUCUAAUUUGACCUCUAAUGGUAGCCCUGUCCAUCGCCUUAUUGAACAGCAUUCUAUUGACUAUUGGAUUUGGGCUGAUCUCAUUGCUCCACAAUCAGAAAGACUGUUAAAGAAUGUCAUACGGGUUCACAAGCAAGACGAGGCUGAUUUAUUUUAUAUCCCAUUCUUCACUACCAUCAGCUACUUCUUGAUGGAAAAACAACAGUGCAAGGCACUUUACAGGGAAGUUUUAAAGUGGGUGACUGAUCAGCCAGCAUGGAAGCGUUCUGGGGGAAGAGACCACAUACUUCCUGUUCACCAUCCUUGGUCAUUUAAAACAGUUCGUAGGUUUCUAAAAACUGCAAUUUGGCUAUUACCUGACAUGGACUCCACAGGAAACUGGUAUAAGCCUGGGCAGGUUUAUCUUGAGAAAGAUCUGAUUCUUCCAUAUGUUCCAAAUUUGGAUUUUUGCGAUGCUCACUGUCUACGGGAACACGAGUCCAUGAGAAGCACUUUGCUAUUUUUUCGUGGGAGGCUUAAAAGAAAUGCUGGAGGAAAGAUUCGAUCAAAACUUGUUGCUGAGUUGUCUGGUGCUGAAGGCGUGUCUAUUGAGGAAGGAACAGCGGGAGAGGCUGGCAAGGUUGCAGCCCAAAAUGGAAUGCGCAAGUCUAUCUUUUGCCUUAACCCUGCUGGUGACACUCCAUCAUCUGCUAGAUUGUUCGAUGCUAUAGUCAGUGGCUGCAUCCCUGUUAUAGUCAGUGAUGAACUGGAGCUUCCAUUUGAAGGAAUCAUUGACUACAAGAAGAUGGCUGUUUUCGUCUCAUCAACUGAUGCCUCGAGACCCAGUUGGCUUUUAUCACACCUUAAAGGUUUUAGUCCUUCAGAAAUUAAAGAUAAACAAAAAUUCUUGGCCAAGUACUCGAGGCAUUUCCUUUAUUCAAGUCCAGCUCAGCCUUUGGGUCCCGAGGACUUAACAUGGAGAAUGAUUGCUGGUAAGCUGGUAAAUAUCAAACUACAUAUACGAAGAUCACAACGCAUAGUUGAGGGAUCAAGAAGCAUAUGCACGUGUGAGUGCAGGCGUUCAAAUUCGAGCAUUCCUGGUUCCUUGUCAUGAUAGAACGUCAAUUUCUAUUAACCCUCGGUGUUAUUUUUUCUUCUAGUUCAUUAGUUCAUCGCUAUUACUUCUGUUUUAAGCCUGUAAUUCGUCAUUUUUGUCAAAGAAUAGUUUAUGAAACACUUUAUAUAUGAACAUUUUUUCCA